CCUGUGCUGCCCAGUCCCCGCAGGAGCAGGCAGACACGGUGGCUCUGCCAGGAGAACGGGGUGCUCUCAGGUGGCCCCUGGAGCUCGUUCCAUCCUCCUGGCAGGACUGGGCUUCUCUCCUGACCCCAGACCAGGGUCCCCUGCUCAGUGUGGGCAGCUCACACGCUGGUGGUCAGAGGCCCCUGCCAGCUCAGCCUGUCUCCUCCUAACACCAAUUAUUUCGAGAAAGGACGGUCCGCACGCCGAAGGGCAGGAUGGUUCUGAGCGGAGCCCUGUGCUUCCGAAUGAAGGAUGCAGCAUUGAAGGUGCUUUAUCUGCAGGAUAACCAGCUGCUGGCGGGUGGGGUGCAUGCAGGGAAGGUCCUGAAAGGAGAGGAGAUCAGUGUUGUCCCCAAUCGGUUUUUGGAUGGCAGCCUCUCUCCAGUCAUCCUGGGCGUCCAGGGAGGGAGCCAGUGCCUAUCGUGUGGGACUGGGCAGGAACCGAUUCUGAAACUAGAGCCAGUGGACAUUAUGGAGCUCUACCGCAGCCCAGAGGGCUCCAGGGGCUUCACCUUCUACAGGCGGGACACGGGGCUCACCUCCAGAUUCGAGUCGGCUGCCUUCCCGGGCUGGUUCCUCUGCACUGCGCCCGAAGCAGACCAGCCUCUCAGGCUCACCCAGCUUCCAGGGGAUGCCAGCUGGGACCACCCCAUCAUGGACUUCUACUUCCAGCAAUGUGACUAGGGCAACCCAUCUCCCAGGACCCAGGGGCAAAGCCCCCAGGGGUGAGUGGAGGAGGAGGAGGAGGAGGGCCAAACGACCAUCCUCCUCUGUUCUCGGGCCCUCACUUGACUGACUCGACACAUGGUCACUCUCCCUUCUCCUGAUUCCUAGUUUGCGUAAAUUCUUCUAGAUUUGGUGAUUAGUUCAAGUUUUUUCCCUGCUGGGUGGUACUCCUGGUAUGGAACCUUGCAAAAAUGACACGAGGUAUAAAAGGGGAGUGGUGGGAAUCCUCAUGCUUCAUGGUACCUUGUCCAGUGCCCCUGAACCCCACAGGCCAGCCCCAUCCCAAGUUGAGCCUAUUAGGGCCACCAGCUCCCUACAUGGGGUCCCAUCACUAUCCCUGUGCAGGAUAAAGGGUUAGGGACCCAAGUCCCAGUCCCUUCCCCUUCCCUAAUUCAGCUGCCAUCAUAUGUGCCUUCUCCACCCCACCCUCAUGCUCUCAGGGUGGUGGUGCCCAAGGGCAUGGCUCCAGCUCAGAAGACCGAGGGUGGACAGGCAGUCACUCCUUCUGAAACCCAAGGUACAAUUAAAAUCCAAGAUGCUGGUGUCUAGUCACAUGGAGAUGCUCAUGACACAUUAAGCAAGAAGAGCAAGUUACACAGUGGCAUAUCUUAUAAUUCCAUUUUAAUUAAAAAUACAUAUUUAAUUAAAAAUAUAAGAAAAAGUC